CACAGCCCACCAUCCCCUCCCUCCCCCCUCUCCCUCUCUGCGGGGCGGUCCCUGCUGUCCGCACACCCCGCUGUUGGGAGGCGCUGCCGGUCGGCCCGUCCCCUCCGCAGUAUCGCAGCCGGCCGAGGGCGGGCGCAGCGCGUUGGCGUGGUGCUGAACGGACAGCGCCCGCGGGGGCCACCGCCCUCCCGCCCCGCCCCGCCCCGCCGAGCGCUGGGGGCCGUGGGGAGCCCCGGGAGCGGGGCGGGGGGACGCGGCCUCCACCCGCGCUGUCGGAACUCCCACAGUCCCUCAUUCCUCCGUCCUGCCCCCGGCCGGGCCGCCCGCGCCCUACAACGCGCCCAUGCCGGGCGUUGGGGCGAUCGGAGCGCGGUGCAGGCACCGGCCGCGGAGGAGUCCCCGAGAGAAGCCCGAGGCAAAGCCGGGCGAGGCCGGGGCCGCCAUGGACGCGGCGAUUUGGAUCUACCAGUUCCGGCUGAUCGUGCUGGGAGACUCCACCGUGGGCAAGUCGUGUCUCCUGCACCGCUUCACCGAGGGCCGCUUCCCCGGGCCGCUGCACUCGGACCCCACGGUGGGGGUGGAUUUCUUCUCCAGGCUGGUGGAGAUCGAGCCGGGCAAGAGGAUCAAGCUGCAGAUCUGGGACACGGCCGGGCAGGAGCGCUUCAGAUCAAUAACACGAUCUUACUAUCGCAAUUCUGUUGGCGGCUUGCUGGUCUUUGACAUCACAAAUCGACGAUCUUUUGAACAUGUGAAAGACUGGCUGGAAGAAGCAAAAAUGCACGUACAACCCUUUCAGAUUGUAUUUCUGUUAGUAGGACAAUGUGACUUAGUGUCACAGCGUGAGGUGAACAAAGAGAAAGAAGCAGAAAAAACUGUCGUCUGCUGUCGCGUAUGAAAUACACUACGACACUCAGCAAAAGAUUUGUCCACGAAUGUCGAAGAGUCCUUUUACAUCCUACACGACCUCUCCAUCGCACACCUCUGCUAAAACCAAGGAGAGAUCACAAUACAAGAUGGAUGGGAAGGUGUUAAGAGUGGCUUUGUUCCAAAUGUUGUCAUCCCCACCGCGCAGCCUGUAACAAUGCCCAGAAGACAGUGCGUCUGCUGAGUUUGUAGCAUGCCAAAGAACACAUCAAGUGUUCGGAAGAUGAUGCCAUCCUAAAACCAGAAUAAUAAUUCUGAAACAAUGUUAGAUCAUGACAUAGCUCAAUCACAGAAUGGUAACUUGC